UGCUCCGCUCCGCGGCAGCCCCAUCAUCGCGCGCGCCCGUCCAAGAGCCCCCGUCACAGCCAGCGAAUCUCGGCCCCCGUGCCCCCCCCCCGCGAGGGUGAGGCGACCCCCGCUCCGCUUGGGCAGCAGAGGGGCGGCCGGGCAGUCAGCCUCUCUCUCCUCGGGGGAGGGGGCAGCCAGCUGUGCGCCCGCCUCCCUCCCUCCCUCCCUCCCUCCCUGCGCGGCGACGGCGGCGUGGAGGGCCAGGGCGAUGGGGGAGGAGGGCGGCGGCGGCGGCGCGGGGGGUCCGGCGGCGUCGGUGCCGCGGCUGCUCCGCGCUUGCGAGCAGGGCGACUGCGAGGGGGCGCGGCGGUUGCUGCUGGCGGCGGGGGGAACGCCAGUGGACGGGCGGGACGAGGCGGGCAACACGGGGCUGCAGCUGGCGGCGGGCGGCGGCCACGAGGAGCUGGUGGGCUUCCUGCUGCGGAGGGGCGCCGCCGUGCAGAGCCGCAACGCCUGCGGGUGGAGCCCCCUCAUGCAGGCCGCACGGUUUGGGCAUCUAACUGUGUCACGCAUCUUGAUGGAAAAUGGUGCUGACCUUAAUGCCCAGAAUAAACUGGGAGCCAGCGUGCUCACCGUGGCCUCGAGGGGUGGCCACAUCAGCAUCGUGAAACUGUUGCUGGAAUCAGGCGCUUACGUGGACAGCUACGACCAUCUGAGUGCCAGCCUGGAUAAGAGUAAAGAGGAGUUGCCUGUUAUCACUCCUCUCAUGGUGGCUGUUCAGCAUGGGCAUGAAGCGGUGGCCCACCUGCUGUUAGACUGGGGAGCUGACUGUAAUUACACCGUGAAGACAAUGGGCUGGACCCCACUGAUGUUAGCAGCUGUUAGCGGAAGAGUGAGUUUGGCACAACAGCUUGUCAGCAAAGGAGCCAGUCCCGAUCAGCUGAACGUAUUGCAUAAAACUCCGUACAAAAUAGCUGUUGAUCUCAAAUAUGAAGACAUGAAGGAUUAUCUGGCACCUCUCACCACAGUUAGACCCCAGACAGAUAAACAGAAGAGGUUCUGAUCGCCUUUCAUUACUCUCUUGGUAGGGGACUUCCAGUUAGUUAAAGAGAUCACGGAUGAAGACCCAGAGCAGGCCAACGUUGCGAAUGAUGACGGGGCUUCCCCAUUGAUGGUGGCAGCCGUCACAGGACAUUUGCCUCUUGUGCAGCUACUUGUUUCCCGAAAUGCAGAAAUUGACAAGCAAGAUAAUGUCCAUGGCUGGACAGCUCUUAUGCAGGCUACGUACCACGGCAAUAAAGAAGUCAUCAAGUCAUUUACGGGCCAAGGAAUUGAUGCCUUUCAAAUUCGUGCAAAGAAACGCCACACAGCCUUUGAUCGACUGGUCAUGCUGCCGCGCCCAUGAUCCAGGUAUUGUGACGCAGAAGUCAUACGGUUGUUGGUAUCAGCAUGCAUGCAAGUAGAUAAAGAAAAGAGUAAGCAUAUCAGCAAAUCAGCUCCCCUUUCUUUGAGAAACAAGUCGUUCUUGGAUGCCCCGGUGUUGCCAGAUGACAAGGGAGGAUUGAAGUCAUGGUGGAACAGGAUGUCCAAUCGAUUUCGCAAGUUAAAGUUGACCCAAAUCAUGGAGCCACUUGAUUGGCCAAGCAAAACUACUCCGUACCUUUCUCAGAAGAUUUUCUAAAUCACUUAUCUGACCUGUACAGUGAAGGUUACCUUGCAGAGCGGUACCCUUGGAAACCACAACAUCCCUGCAGCUUGGGCACCCAAGAGCAAUGCUGAUGGUCUAGACAGAAGAAAGGUGGGAAAUGAUUAUCAACUAUUGACCACAGUGUUAAGAAGUGGGGCUCCGUUUACAAGAUUGCCUAAUGACAAACUGAAAGCUGUUAUCCCACCUUUCUUACCUCCUUCAAGUUUUGAGCUGUGGCAUUCAGACAGGACUCAAACAAACCAAGAUGGUGGCAGUGAACACAUGAAGCUUGGUAUUCCAUACAGAACUAAUAGCCACGACUAUAACAGCAGUGCUAGUUCUGACAAAGCAGUCUUAACUAGGGCUACUAGGCCCAUGAAGCUGUCCGCCUUUGCCAGAAGACCUGCAACGCCUUCCGGUUCGAGCAGUUUCAACCACUCUCCUCAGUCUUCUGGAGGAUCCGGCAGCACAGCUGUAGUUAACAGGCAUGGUGGAGAAAUGCACAAUAAAUCAGGUGGCAGUGCAGACAGCGUUUUGUCUCAAAUUGCAGCACAAAGGAAAAAAACAGCUGGUGUAUCUGAACAAAAACCCAACCAGCAACAAACAGGAGCAGGGUCCGUUCCUUCGCCCUCUCUUCCGAGCAUGGAAGAUGCUCAAGCCAUUGGUGACAAACCUGUUCCAAAGAAAUUGGAAGUGAACCAAAAUCUUCCCUCCGAGAAUUCCUCUACUUCAAAGAGCACAUCCCCAACUCUCACGCCCUCGCAAUCACCGUCACCGUCACCAAAGGUCCACAGUGCAAAUUCCUCUCUGUCCUCCUCUCACAGGAAAGGGAAGAGCAGCGGUGGCUCCAGCAGUGGGACUCUGACGGAUGAAGAUGAACUGACAGGCAUCCUGAAAAAACUCUCACUUGAGAAGUAUCAGCCUAUUUUUGAAGAGCAGGAGGUGGAUAUGGAAGCUUUUCUCACCCUCACAGAUGGUGAUUUGAAGGACCUGGGAAUUAAAACGGAUGGUUCUAGGCAACAAAUUCUGGCAGCUAUUUCUGAGCUGAAUGCAGGAAAGGGACGAGAGCGAAAAAUUUUACAGGAGACUAUACACAACUUCCACUCUUCCUUUGAAAGCAGUGUUAGUAACACCAGCCCUGGAAAACCUCAGUCACUGGGAUGCUGGGUAAAGGCACAGGAACUUUCUCCUGCCAAGAGGUAGCCUUUGGGCCAAGAUGUUCUAAGGUUCUGAAGUCUGGAGCACUGAUGAUUGAAUCCAGAUGUCCAGAAGAAAACGUAUCAAGUGCACUUCUUCAACAGCACCUCACCGCCAAAUGUGAAGGGAAUAUGCUAACGACACGACCUCUUCAUUCUGCACAGCUGACUUGGCAAUGAAAGAAGCUGCUGACAGCCCCGUGGGGCAGAGUGGUCAGCUGCAGUUCGCCAGUCCAAGCUCUGCUCGCAGCCUGCGUUCGCUCCUAACAGGAGUCAGUUUCUGGAGCCGACUCAAGGUUGCCUCAGUCUUCCAUCCUUCCGGAGUUGGUUAAAGGAGUACCCACCUUGGUGGAGAUAAAGUGCAGAUGGCUGGGGAAGGCAAUGUGGCAAACCACCUCGUAAAUAUAGUCUGCCUAGUAAACGUUGUGAAGUGACGUCACCCCAUGGGUCAGUAAUGGUGCUUGUCCAGGGGACUACCUUUUUUUAACAGAGCUGAAGUUAACUCUGUGUUUGACUUUUUGGGGAAAGCUAUUGAAGACAGUGAAGAGUGGAGUGUGAGACCAAGGCCUGCUCCGCACGGGCUAUUAAACACAGGUUUAGAAUGGGGGAAAAAAUCCGUGGGGGGGCACUUUGCACAGAUCCCACCCCUAAGGCCAGCCUGCCCCGUGUUAUUUCCCCCAAACCAUUUU